AAUUCAAAUUCAGUCUAAAUUCAACCGCCGCGACGCUACGCACCUAUCGACCUGGACGCCUGACGUCCAGGCGCGGCGUCUAGAUCGCCCGAACGCUCGCUGUAUCGGAGAAAAGUCAUUGUACCUCUCGCCGCUUUUUUUGAUCUGUCUCUUGUUCCUUCGCUUUCAUGUGCGCCUUUUGUGACUGUCUGUAUUUUUAGUGCUUGUGUUUGGGCUUUUAGUCCUCCAACGAUGACAUACCCUUAGACCCAAAAACCCGUCGCAGUUGGCCGGAAUAAUGGAAAAAAUAAAAUGGCACGAUCGCCUUUUCGGCAAAAAACUCAUAAAAUGCGACUCGGUGAACACCAACUCCAACUCCAACAACUUCGAGCUCAUCUCCACCAGCGAAGUUCUGCAGAACGUCAACAUUACGGGAGUUUACUUUUCGUUCGCCAAUAUUAACCUCCAAAGUGACGAGUUUAUUAAUAAGCUCAAAGAAUUCUACGAGAGAUUAAGGAACGAAAGUUGCAGUGAUGAGAAAAAGCUUCAGGUUAUUCAGGUUGUGAUGUGGGCCCACAACGAUAAUUACGGCGAUAUCGAAAGCAGCCAUCGCGAAAGUCUGAUGGGAUUACCAUGGUUUGCCAUGCCUUUUAGCGAGAUUGAUUUGAAGACAAGACUAUCAAGAAGGUAUAGAAUCAAAUCUGGUGUGCCAACGUUGGUUCUACUGGCGAAAGAUGGUACAACUAUUAGCGUAUCAGCACAAGAAAGGCUACUAGAAGAUCCAUGUGGAACGUAUUUUCCUUGGAGACCUCGACCAGUAGAUCAAGUUUUAAGAGACAUUGUACUUCAGCCAGGUGGUACUUUCUACUCCGAACAUAAGGAUUUUACCAAAGAAGACAUCCGAUUUGAAGAUUUGCCAGAAGGAAUAAAGGGUUUUUAUUUUUCAGCCAAUUGGUGUCCUCCAUGUCGCGCGUUCACCCCACAACUUUCAGAAGUUUAUAGAAUGAUAAGAAAGAAAGAAUCGAACUUUGAAAUUAUAUUCGUGAGCAGUGACAGGAGUGCCGACUCAUUUAGAGCCUACGUUGAAACCAUGCCUUGGUUGUCAAUACCAUUCCAACAGACGGCUGUAAGGGCAGAAUUAGCGCAGCUCUAUGGUAUCCGGGGAAUUCCCACGUUGCUACUUUUAGACAGCAAUGGUCAUAUUAUUACAAUGGAUGCAAGGACAGAAUUAGCAGAAGAUCCAACAGCACAGUAUUUUCCUUGGAAACCAAGACCAGUCAACAUAUUAACAGAGCGCUAUUUGACAAAACUCUACGAUUAUCCUGCCGUCGUUCUAUUUGUGGAUGGAGAAGAUACUGAAGUCCAAUUCGCCGAAUCCGUUCUCUAUCCAGCAGCCGAAAACUACUACAAAACCAACAACAUCAACUUCAACUCAGCUCAAGAAGACUUCUUCCUUAGUAUAGAAGACGACCCCUGCAUUCAGUUCCUCAUUGGAACUGACAGCGAAUCUUCCGACAUUCUAAGAGAUAUCGUCGGUUUGGACGAUGUGGUACCUCUUUUGGUUGCGAUAGAUCUGCCUAAAAAGAGACUGGCGGUUAUGGAGUACGGAGUCGAAAUUAAUAACGAAAGUGUUGAGGAAUUUGUUAACCGAAUGUUGAAAAAUGAACUUCAGUUUGUAGAUAUUAUUGAGGAUAAGGUAGAAGCUACAAAAAAUCGUUAAUUAUGUAGUUUUAGGAAAUAGGUGAUAGAUAUACAUGACUAAUGUUUUGUACUUAUGUUAAGGUUUUAUUUAAUUUUUUAUAGAAUAAACUUUAUGCAUUC